UUGCUAAAUCUAAGCCAUUGUUGAGUUCUCUGCUCUAUCCUACUUCUGAAAGGAGAGAUUUCAUUUUGGGGUUUUUGAAUUCACUGUCGUUGCCUCUUUUUCACGUUAAGAUUUUCCCAAGAGAAUGGACAGAAACCAAUUGCAACGCCAGGUUGCCCUCAAGAGAAGCUCUCUGUUUGAGCAGCAGUUCCUGGAUCCACAGCAAUUCGUACAGCUGGAGGAUCUGGAAGACGAUGCUAACCCAAAUUUUGUGGAGGAAAUUGUGACAUUGUUCUACAAAGACUCAGCUAGACUGUUCCAAAAGAUUGAACAAACCAUGCAAAGUAGACCUAUUGAUUUUGGCAAGCUGGAUGAUUACAUGCACCAGUUCAAGGGUAGUAGCUCAAGCAUUGGAGCUAUAAAGGUGAAGAAUGAAUGCUCCCAAUUUAAGGAAUUUUGUUUGGCAGGAAAUGCUGAAGGCUGCUUCUGGGCUUUCCAAAGAGUGAAACAAGAGCACCACACCUUGAGGAUCCAGCUUGAAUCUUACUUUCAGUUGAGGAAACAAGCAGGACUGGUACGACAUGUUUGAGGUGCCAAGUUGAUAGCAUAGAGAAAGAACUAUCAGCAGCAGCACCAUUUUGCCAUUUUGUGGGCUCCUAGGGUUAUAGAGGGCACCAUUAAAAUAUCAAGUUAUGUUCCAAGAAAUCUGAAUCUUAGUGUACCAAUAAUGCGGAUGUCACUCUUCUGGAUUAUAUUAAUAAUGCAUCUAUUAUGUUGGCCC